AUGUCGGAAACGAGGCCACGUAGACAGGAGGAGUCCAACUCGGGCUUCAAGGGUGCCCUUCAGGGCCUUGGAAUCUUCUUGUUGGUUCAAUUCGGCAUUAACCAAUACAUGGGAAAAAACAGCAACACUGCUACCACUAUCGAAAACACUAGUGGAAUCCCUGCCUUCGCCGAUCGUCCCCACCCCAGUGAAUAUGCCGAACACAGUGCUAUCCCCGAUCUCAUCGCUCCUAUCUGGCCCGCCGACAGCGCGGUUGAUCUCAGUAUUUACGUGACACCGUCCAUCAUUGUCCCCAAAUUUACGGCCUCGGAUAGUAUUCUUGUCCUGCAGGAGAAGAACUUCACCAUUGGAAACUACAGCGACACCCGUGAAAUCGAUACCACCAUCAAGCUCCCCAAGCAAGUUCAACAGAAUGGUACCCUUUGGGCUCACUUCUUUUUGGGCCGCACCGGAUACCAGCUGGACCCCUCUGCCAAGAACUACAAUACCGCCGAUGCGGUUCACUUCCUGCGUCCCCUGAACCAGUAUCUUCCCAAGAAGAAGGUCAAGAAAUUGAAGAAUCUCUUGUCAGGCCCUGAGGAUGAGCAUGAUAAAGAGGAAGACAAUACCCCGGAAUGGUCUACCAUGUCUUAUUACCACCCAAACUUCACUGUAUCCCUGAUCCCAGACUCUGGAACCACCAAACUGGGCGCGAUGAACCCCGCAGCUCGCCAGUAUCUGCAGCUGGAGCGCACUGGUGCCCGCGACGCCUCUGGAAAGAAUGGAUGGUACUACCCGAUCGCUUUCAUCAACACUUUCUGGCAGUUGAAGACCCACAUGACUGAGCUGAACUCCACCGUUGAGUCGGUGCCUUUACACAUCACUGUCAACAACAUGGCCAACUGGAAGUUCAACAUCAUCAGCAGUGUUGACGAGGGCUCCAAGCAAAGCUCUCGACAGGCUGCCUAUGGUGGCUCUGCUCCCGGUGGCGGCGAUGGAACUGAAUGGGAGAUGGUCAAGGAGAUCCUGUUGGAUACCAACAUCUGGCUCCUGGGCACCACUGGUAUUGUUACCAUCUUGCACAUGCUGUUUGAAACCUUGGCUUUCAAGAACGAUAUUGCUCAUUGGCGCAAGAAGAAGGAUAUCGUUGGUACCUCCGUCCGGACAAUUUUGGCGAACGUCUUCAUGCAGGCUGUCAUCUUCCUCUACCUCGUGGACAACAGCGAGAACACUUCUUGGAUGAUUCUAGCCAGUCAAGGAUUCGGUAUCCUGCUGGAAUUCUGGAAGAUCACCAAGACUGUUGAUGUCCGCCUGCGCGCACCCCCCGCCAACUCCUGGUUCUCAUUCUUGCCCUAUGUAAUCGUCUUCGAGGAUAAGCACAAGCUCACUGAGACUGAAGAGAAGACCAAAGAAUACGACGAAAUCGCCUUCCAAUACCUGUACAUCGUGGCCGUGCCUCUUCUGCUCGCAUACGCUGCCUACAGUCUGGUCUACAACACCCACAAGUCGUGGUACUCCUACAUCAUCCAGACUCUUGUUGGUAGUGUUUACGCCUAUGGCUUCCUCAUGAUGGUCCCCAGUCUCUACAUCAACUACCGAUUGAAGUCUGUUGCUCACAUGCCCGGAAAGGCAUUGACCUACAAGUUCCUCAACACCUUUAUCGACGAUCUCUUCGCUUUCACCGUUAAGAUGCCCUGGCUCCAUCGCCUGGCUACUCUUCGCGACGACGUUAUCUUCUUUAUCUGGCUCUACCAAGGCUGGAAGUACAAGGUUGAUUACAAGCGCGUCAACGAGUUCGGCCAGGGAGGUGACAGCGAUGAGGAAGAGGAGCCUGUUCCGGCUGCCAUUGAGGGCGUGGAGAAGGAGGAAGCGGUCGCGAAGUCCUCUUCCAAGGCUACUCCCAAGUCGGACACUCGCAAGAGAAAGUAG